AUGAUUCUGUUUAAUCUGAAAAAGUAUUAGUGAGAUUACUCUUAUAAAUAGUUGGUAUUUACCAAAGCUUAAUCAUCAAUUCAUAUCUCUAUUCUAUCAGUUCUCUCCUAAAUUCAGAAGGUGUACAAUCUUCUGAAGAAGAUAAUCUUGAACUGUUAGAACAAGAAGCAACUUUAGCCAUGACUGGAGAAAACAAUCUACAAGUGCUUAAUGCACUUGAUGUGGCCAAGACUCAACUCUACCAUUUCACCACAAUUGUUAUUGCUGGAAUGGGAUUUUUCACUGAUGCCUAUGAUCUCUUCAGCAUUUCACUUGUAACCAAAUUACUUGGGCGUUUAUACUACACCAAGCCAGAUUUAUUGAAGCCCGGAACACUCCCUCCGACCGUCUCAGCGUCGGUCACGGGUGUCGCCCUGGUCGGCACCCUAGCUGGCCAGCUUUUCUUCGGCUGGCUCGGUGACAAGAUGGGCCGAAAAACGGUCUAUGGUAUGACUUUGAUUAUCAUGGUUUUGUGCUCCGUUGCAUCAGGGCUCUCCUUUGGGAGUACUCCUAAGGGUGUUAUGGCCACUCUCUGUUUCUUCAGGUUUUGGCUUGGAUUUGGCAUCGGUGGCGAUUACCCUUUAUCCGCCACGAUUAUGUCCGAAUAUGCAAACAAGAAAACCCGUGGCGCCUUCAUUGCUGCUGUCUUCGCUAUGCAAGGUUUUGGAAUUUUGUUCAGUGGGAUAAUUGCACUUAUUGUGUCAGCUGGAUUUGAUCAUGCUUAUAAUGUCCCAAGUUUCCAAGAAAAUGCAGCUCUUUCCACCGUGCCACAAGCCGACUACAUUUGGCGUAUAAUUCUCAUGUUCGGAGCUUUACCAGCUUUCCUCACUUACUACUGGCGCAUGAAGAUGCCCGAAACAGCCCGAUACACAGCUCUCGUGGCGAAAGACGCAAAAAGAGCCGCACAGGACAUGGGGAGGGUACUACAAGUUGAAAUUGAUCCCGAGGAUGCAAAAAUCGAACAGAUGUCUAGGGACGAAACCAAUAACUUUGGUCUAUUUUCUUGGGAAUUCGUUCGUCGCCACGGGCUGCACCUAUUCGGCACAUGUUCCACAUGGUUUUUGUUGGACAUCGCUUUCUAUAGCCAAAAUCUUUUCCAGAAAGAUGUGUUCAGUGCAAUUGGAUGGAUCCCAGCGGCCAAAACCAUGAAUGCCGUUCAAGAAGUUUACAAGAUUGCAAGAGCACAAACCUUGAUUGCACUACUUAGUACAGUGCCAGGGUACUGGUUCACUGUGGCGUUCAUCGAUAUCGUUGGAAGGUUCGCGAUCCAACUGAUGGGGUUCUUCUUCAUGACUGUAUUCAUGUUCGCCAUUGCCAUUCCCUACGAUCAUUGGACAAAGAAGGACAACCAUAUUGGGUUCGUUGCAAUGUACGCCCUCACAUUCUUCUUCGCGAACUUUGGGCCAAACGCAACCACAUUCGUGGUCCCGGCUGAGAUUUUCCCGGCCAGACUUCGAUCAACAUGUCAUGGUAUUUCUGCAGCUGCAGGUAAAGCUGGAGCUAUUGUAGGAGCGUACGGGUUCCUAUACGCUGCACAAAGCAAAGAUCCAACGAAAACCGAUGCAGGAUACCCAACGGGUAUCGGCAUAAAGAACUCGCUCAUUGCCCUAGGGGCCAUCAAUGCUCUGGGAAUGAUUUGUACCUUCUGUGUGCCAGAGUCCAAAGGAAAAUCCCUGGAGGAAGCAUCACAGGAAACUAUAACUGAAGAAUGAACAGGGAAUGAAUAGCCUCAAAUGGAUUUUGGAGGUUGACUUUGUGAUGCUAAUGCAGUUUUUUCCCCUCCUUUAUUUUCUAUGUAUUUGUUGCUUUAAUUUCCUUUUUCUUUGUAUUGUCUAAGCUUGUUUGCUGUAAGUUUCAAAUUAUUUAUUUUUCGACCAAGUGUGUAAUUAUAAUUAUUUCACUUCAUUGUGAGGUGAAAAAGAUUUUGCUUUUUAUUUAUAUUACAGAUUUGUUUUUAACUGAGUGAUAA